AUGAAGUGGGAAGAGUUCAGAAAUUCGCUUCCUGACACUUCUUCUCUUGAACAGUUUAAUAAGUUUCUUAAAGACCGUGCUGACAUUAUUGAAACUUACAACCAUCCAAGGUCAAGCGGUAAUACAAAUAGUGAAUUAAAUAAUUUUAAUAAGAAGAAGCGGGCACAUGCCAACGUUUUUGCUGCCAGAAUAUCUGAGCUGACUGAGACUGUUAAGGGUCACGCUCCCACUUGUGAGGCGCUAGUAACUAAUUUAAGGCUUUGCCGCAACUGCCUCCGGAGGGGUCACGACGUAUGUCGCGCGAGAUCUUGUCGCAAAUAUAAAAGGCGUCACAAUUCCUUAAUUUCUAGCAACGGUAAACAAUUAUGCCCUCAGGGCAAUGCUGCACCUGUAAUAGAAAAUGUGUCUCCUCCCGCAGCAGAGCUCACUGUUAACUUAGCUAGAGAUAAUGUCAAUAAGGAGCUGGAAGAAGCCUCGCCAAAGAAAUUACUAAGCCCCGAUGAAAAGGCUUGUGAGGAACACUUCCAGGCUCAUACAACUCGAGAUUCCGCAGGCAGAUUUUGCGUGCGCCUACCCCUCAAGGACUCACCUAGCUGCUUGGGAAAUUCGUACAUCACUGUCAGGAAAAGAUUUUUAAACCUGGAGAAACGUUUUAGGGCACAACCCGAGCUCAAGGCUCAAUACAUUAAAUUCAUUAGCGAAUAUAUCAUCAUUGGCUGGGACGAACAAGUACCUUGUGACUUGCAGCAAACAUGGGAUGAGUUAAAACAGGACCUGAGCAAGUUAGAGUUCGCUCAGGUUCCCAGGUUAGCCCUUUGCGACUCACCUGAUAGCCUGGAGCUUCACUCCUUUUGUGAUGCAUCUGCUACAGCACAUGGUUGUUGUCUCUAUAUGCGGUCCGGCAAUGAUAAUGGACAGGUAGUGGUUAGAUUGCUAUGCGCCAAAUCUAGGGUUAAUCCCAACAAGCCGACUACGAUUCCUCGUUUGGAAUUGCUUGGAGCUUUACUAGCUGCUCGGCUGUGCAAAUCUGUUCUCGAGUUCGUCAGUGCAAGAUUUCACGUUGUGUCCAUUGGAGCGACUCUAGCG